CUCUUGAUUUGAUGCCAUUGAAGUUUAUUUAACCACUUUAACAUAAUUUUACCGCUCAAAAACAGUUGCAGACAUUUGCAAAUCACAUUUUACUGGAGCCGAUGUAAACAUGCUGCCAUAUACAUCAGGGGUAGAUAACUAUGUAAACAACACAUGUAAACGGAUAUUCUUCUGAGGACAAAUUCGUACUCUGAAACGCUUAAUUCAUUAAUUCAACAUUGGUUGAAAAAUAAAGAAAAACAAAAAAACAAAUCAAAAAGUGUAAUUAUCAAAAACACAUUUCAUGUAACAUGCCAAAAAUUAUAUUAGAAAUUUUUGAGUUACCUCUCUUUGUAUAUAUAGAGUUCAGCUCUUGAAGUUUUGUAACAUGUCAAAUACAUUGUAUUACACUAAAAAUGUUUGAGUUAUCUAUCUUUGUAUAGAGUUAAACAAUUGAAGUAAAAUUUGGAAAUUAAAUAAAAUUGGAAAAAAGAGAAAAGAUAAUUUUAUAUUAGCUUUUAUAUAUUUUAUCAAAUCAUAUUUAUGAUACAGUUUGAUUAUUUUGCCCAAAUAUUAUUUAAAGGUAUUUCAAAAUAUUAUUUACUUCAUUCUAGUAAUUAGUGUACAGGUAAAAACUGUUCACUACAUUGUAUAUUUUUACCAUUGAUAAAUAACUGAUCGACAGGUGUAGUUGUGUCUCAGUUUUGUGAACAAGAAUAUUUGAAGAUUUAAGGUGAACUAUGAGACACAUCUGGAAAUUCUGCUUAACACUAGUUGUGCUAUCUGCAGUUGUAUUAUUUUUCACUUCUGAGGAGGAUAGCUCAUUAAAUCAGGAUCAUGUACAGAGUGUGUUCAGCAGAGACGAGACGGAAGGCGUAAACUUUACACGUCACGUGACGCCUGGUGUGAAGAUUUGUCGUCGAGAUGACCUCUAUACAUAUUCAGCAGUAGCCAAGCCGAGUGCUGAUUGGACAAAAUACACCUCGAUCAUCAUAACAUCAUGGUGCAAAGGAAGCACCCAGUUCAAUUGCUUCUUAUAUUCUACAAAUAAAAAUAUUGAGAUGGUUAAAGCUACUUUAAGCAGGAAACGUUCAAAUCAUGGACGAGCAAAUAUGUGUGCUUGUCAAUAUACAUGCAAUUUGGAAAAUGAAUACCACCAAAUUAAAGGCUACUUUACUCAAAUCGGUCUUAGUCCGCUAAAUGAUAUAAAAAAAGACCCUUGUCCACAAAUAAACAAAGUUAUAUAUCCAACGAGACAAGCUGGUAAAAUGGCUAUUUGUUCUAAAAUGGCGUAUGGUUCUCAGGAACCAAUUAAACUGAUUGAAUGGUUUGAGUACAAUCGUUUAAUGGGCGUAGAUCGCAUCAUAACCAUGGUUCAGCUGAUAAAUAGAGAUUCUUAUAAAGUGCUUAAAUACUACAACAAAACAGGAUUGUUAGACAUGGACAUUUUCCCUUCUCCGUUGCCAGGAAUAGACAUAAAAAAAAAUGCCAACUGCGAGGUAAAAGAUAGAACUUCAUGUUUUAAAGACUUCAGCAAUGAGGAACUUAAAGAUUUACCAUGGAGACAUUUUCGCCGAUCUUCGCCCCAAGGUGAACAUGACCAAAUGGUAGCCUUGGAUCAUUGUCAGGAAAAACUUCAAGGUUAUGACUUUGUUGCGAAUGUAGAUUUUGACGAAUUCAUAGUGCAGUCCAACUUACGAAAUAUAAAGGAAUAUUUCAAUGAUACGCUACUGCCAAAGUAUCAAAAUGCUGCCGGAUUUACAUUGAAUCAUUCAUACUUUUUGGCUAACUGGGGAAUUUCUGGGGAUGGAUUUCUACAAAUGACUCAAUAUACACAGAGAGUUGAUCCUCGUUAUGUAAAUUAUAAGAAUGUUUACAUUCCUAGUAGGACGGCAAGUACAACCACGCACGAACUUACUCCAAAAUCUGGAUUUAGAAGAAUAUAUUUAAAAAAACAUCAUAUAGUAGUACACCACUAUAGAACAUGUCCAGCAGUGGCAUACUGGAAGAACUGUAUGAACUUUACCAGAUACGAGGAUAAAAAAAUGUUAAAAAUAAGAAAAGUAAUGGAAGAAAGAGCAUCUAAUGUUAAACAAGAACUUGGGAUUACAUAAAUUUUAUAUUUUCAUUUUCAUUGCGGUGUUUGGGGCUUUUCUUUUAUAAAGAAGAGAAAAAGUUAACAUUUAAAAAAAUGGUCUCCCAUUGAAAUGAUGUUCAUAUAUUUCUUUAAAAAUAUCUAAUAUUUGACCUCUUCCAUUUUUUUGGAAAAUUUAUAUUUUCAUCUGCCUUAUAAAGGCUUACAUAUCCCACGUUGCAUUGCUGUAUUAUGUGAUUAACAAUGCAUCAUUUGUACAACAGAUCGAUGUGUUAUGAAAAGGCAAUUUGUAAAAAUAUAUUUUAUGAACUGUGUACUAGUCUUUUCAUACACAGAUUUUUUUGUCAUUGCAUAAUUUCUUGAAAUACUCAUUUCAUAUAUGCUUUUAUUCCUAUAUUAUUUUAAUUUUAUAUCUUAUAUUUUUUGUUUUUGUAUGUUGUUACUGUUUAUUUAAAUGCUACAGUAUUUUAAAAUAGAUAUGUGUGUUUUUCAGUGUAAAAGUUGUUUUUUUCUUGAAUUUUCCUUCUCUCUUGACAAGAGAGGUUUUAAAUUAGCUAGCUUUUAAGUCGGGUUUAAUCCACAAUUAUCUACAAAAAAUGCAGUCCUGGAUAAGACAAUUGUUUUCCAUUCGUUUGUUGUGUAUGAGCUUUUAAUUUUGCUAUUUGAUACAUGAUUUUUUAUUUAGAAUUUUUAUUGGGA